AUGGUAGGACUACCCGCACGGGGCAAGUCGUACAUCACCAAGAAGAUACAACGGUAUCUCUCCUGGCAGCAACAUAACACUAGAAUUUUCAAUGUUGGCAACAGACGACGCAUUGCCGCCGGCAUCUCCUCUCCACAGAAACCGCACGUUUCGCAGAAUAACCCAAAGGACACUCCAACACAGGCUGCCAACAUUCUCCUGAAUGUAGUUGCGCCCCCUCCCGUUGAUGAGCCCACCACUUGGGAUCUCAACGCACCCGCACAGAAAGAGAACGAUAAAAAUGGUGACGCCCAUCACAUGGACCAGUCGGCCAAAUUCUUCGACCCGCAGAAUGCCACGGCGUCUCAACUUCGGGAGAAAGUCGCUAUUGAGACUCUAGACGAGCUCUUGGACUACUUGCUUGUGGGACACGGAUCUGUUGGCAUUCUCGAUGCUACCAAUAGUACGAUCCACCGCCGCGAGCUUCUUGUGAAACGCAUCAGAGAGAGAGAGCCAAAGCUUGGCAUUCUCUUUGUGGAGAGCAUAUGUCAUGACAAGGAUUUACUCGAGGCAAACAUGCGACUGAAGCUAUCAGGUCCUGACUAUAGGGACAAGGACCCAGUCAAGUCUCUGGAGGACUUCAAAAAGCGUGUAGAAGCCUACCAGAGUGCCUAUGUACCUCUGGGACAGUACGAGGAAGAUCAUGAUCUGCAAUAUAUACAGAUCAUCGAUGUUGGGCGCAAGGUCAUCCACCAUAGGUUGAAGGGUUUCCUGAGUGGCGGGAUUGCUUCCUACCUUACCACGUUCAACCUGUCCCCCCGACAGAUCUGGAUCACGAGACAUGGACAAAGCGUCGAUAAUCAGCUUGGAAAACUAGGUGGCGACUCUCCCUUGACCGAGCGCGGUCAUUGCUUCGGCCAGGCCUUGUACCACUUCAUGACCCAGAAGCGUCAAGAGUGGCUGGUCGAGCAGAAGAACAAGAUUGCGCAGUCAACAUUCCCACCCAAAGCCGGCGAUCAUACUCCUCCCUAUCCUGAGAGGAAUUUAGAGUUAGAUGAGAAGAACUUCUGCGUUUGGACAUCUAUGCUGAAAAGAAGCAUUGAGACUGCGGAAUAUUUCGAUGCCGACGAUGAUUAUGAUGUCAAGAACUGGGAGAUGUUGAAUGAGCUGAAUGCCGGUCAGUUUGAGGGCAUGACAUAUGAGGAGAUUGCGCAGAAAUUUCCCGAGGAGUAUCAGAAGCGUACUUCGGACAAGCUCCACUACAUCUACCCCGGUGUUGGUGGCGAAGGCUACCUCCAGGUGAUCAGUCGCCUUCGAGAUAUGGUCCGUGAGAUUGAGCGCAUCACAGAUCAUGUCUUGAUCAUCGGCCACCGAUCCAUCUGCAGAGUUUUGAUGGCUUAUUUCAUGGAUCUGACCAGAGACGACAUCGCCGAACUUGAUGUGCCUCUUGGCAUGUUGUAUGCCAUCGAGCCGAAGCCAUACGGCUACGCUUUCCACGCAUACAAAUACAACGAACCUAAUGGCUCGUUCGAUGAGCUGCCGAACUACAAACCGCAGAAGACGACGGACAGAAACAACUAA